AUGUGCUGCAGCAACCUGUUCAAAGUUACAGGAAGGAAAUUGAUCAUCCUCUCGUUGUUUGUAUUUCUCAGUGUGGCCCUGUAUGCCAGAUCGACAUACUUCUUCAGCAUCCACACACUCAGCAGCAACAGUUCAGCGCAAACCAUCGCUACUCCUGGGGACAUCUUCAGCCACAAGCUACAACAUAUUCCACACAACAGAUCACUGUUUGCUGCACAGCUUGUAUCAGACCAUCCGUUUCUCAUGGAAAAGAUCAUCCAUUCCGAUAAUUUUGAGUACAUCAUUCGCCCAAGGGUGACCUGUUCGGGUCAGGAAAUUGAAUUAGCAAUCUGCGUGGUCAUUAGCCAUGAUAACCACGCGGGAAGAUCUGUCAUUAGAAGGACUUGGGGCAGCUAUGCCAAUGAUCCCAAAAAUAAAGCCGUCUUGGUGUUUUUUGUUGGUUCUGAAGACAAAGAAUCAGCAACAGAAAGGAGGUGGGUUCGAAGAUCCAGACUACAGGAAGAAGCAUCUAUCUUUGGUGAUAUACUGCAGGAAAACUACAUAGACAGUUAUAGAAAUCUUAGUUUAAAGUCUGUGUCAAUUCUGAGAUGGGUGAAAACAGUUUGCCCGAAAACUAAAUAUAUUCUGAAGGUGGAUGAUGACAUGUAUGUGAAUAUUCCAUUUUUGAUGACAACAAUGCAAGAAUUUGUCACCGAGUCAUCACCUCCAAGUGCAUUUAUCAUAGGAAGCAUGCAGGUAAACGCUUUGCCAAAAAGAGAUCCGAGUUCUAAAUGGUACACUUCCUACUCGGUUUUUCAAGAAGAAAGGUAUCCAGACUACGUUUCUGGUCCAUCAUACGUUAUGACAAGUGCAGCGGCGGUGCUUCUGUACGAAGCAACUCUCAGAGUGGCCAGGUUCUGGUUGGAGGAUGUUUACAUCACUGGGCUGUGUGCUAGAAAGGCUAAGGUUCGCGUCUAUGAUAGUAAAUACUUCUCCUAUGGCAAACCUUUGGCCUCCGGUUGUACUUUUAGGACUAUGGUGUCUGGUCACAGGUACACGCAGGAGGAGAUAAUCAAGAUUCACACUGAACUGUAUGAUCCAAAUCUCAAGUGCUGA